AAUCAGACUGAAGAGGACAAGGGCCUGAAGUAGGAACGAUCAAUUCAAAACGAUGGAUACCACUUCUGCCACUGAGAAUCCCGCUACCGGUCUGUUCCGAGAGUACCUGAGAAUCCGAACUGUACAUCCCGAGCCAGACUACGAUGGAGCUAUUGAGUUCCUUGUUCGGGUAGCUGAAGACAUUGGAUUGGAAAGCAGGAAAAUUAAGCUGUCCUCCGGACUUACAAUACUCAUCUUGUCGUGGUGGGGGACAAAGCCUCAGCUCAAGUCCGUGGUUUUAAAUUCCCAUAUAGAUGUGGUCCCUGUGUUUGAGGAAUUCUGGACUUAUCCUCCAUUUGCUGCACAUAAAGAUGAAUCGGGAAACAUCUAUGCCAGAGGAACUCAAGACAUGAAAUGUGUUACCAUCCAGUACUUGGAAGCUCUUCGUAGACUGAAGUCUGAGGGACGCCGCCUUCCUCGUACCGUUCACCUCACACUAGUCCCUGAUGAAGAGAUUGGGGGCCACAAGGGCAUGGAACUCUUUGUAAAGUACCCGGAAUUCAGAAAUCUCAAUCCUGGGAUCACACUUGAUGAAGGUCUGGCUAGUCCCACAGAAGUAUUUAGUGUGUUCUAUGGGGAAAAGUGCCCUUGGUGGAUAACUGUUCACUGCAGGGGAGACCCAGGGCAUGGUUCUCGCUUCAUAGAAAAUUCGGCAGCCACCAAACUACAUUUAGUGAUUUCUAAAUUCCUGGAGUUUCGAGAGAAGGAGAAAAAAAGGUUAGAGUCCAAUCCUAACCUCACACUUGGAGAUGUCACUACCGUUAAUCUAACCCGAGCCAGUGGUGGGGUUUCCUGCAAUGUAGUCCCAUCUGAGAUGUCAGCAACUUUUGAUCUCCGCGUUCCACCCACCGUCAACUUAAAGGAGUUUGAGAGUCAGCUAGAGAGUUGGUGCAGAGACGCUGGGAGUCAGGUGACCUGGGAGUAUCAUCAGAAAUGUAUGGACCAGGUGGUGACCACUCCAGAUGAUUCAAACCCUUGGUGGAAAGCAUUCUCUAAUCCAUGCAAAGAGCUGGGCCUGAAGUUAAAGCCGGAAAUCUUCCCAGCUGCCACUGACAGUCGCUAUGUGCGGGCGGCCGGGUAUCCUGCAUUUGGGUUUUCCCCCAUGAACCACACACCAAUCUUAUUGCACGAUCAUGAUGAAUACUUGAAUGAGGAAGUCUUCUUGCAAGGAAUCCAUAUCUACACCCGUAUCAUCUCGUCGCUUGCGAGUGUUCCACCCCUUGAUGGAGAGCAAUGAACAUAGAGGACAGAGGGAAGGAAUGGUGUGCUUGUAGUGUAAGAGUGCCAAACUCACCAUGAGUUGACAUGCGACUCUUUGGCUGUUUUGCAGCCUGGGGGGUUUAUGUCUCAUUAAAGAGAGCUUUGGAUGCUACAACCAAA